UUUUAGUGGCAUUGUCCUUUUAUGCUACUGGGAGUUACCAAAGGCUAGUUGGAGGCAGUUAUGGGACCCUAAUGAGUCAGCAAUCUACUUCUCGUUCUAUUCGAGAGGUAACAGCAGCUCUUAACCAUCCCUUAAUACAAAGGAAAUGGAUCAAGUUUCCUCAAACUCGUCGUGAAAGAGAUGCUGUAAAACUGAGAUUUUUUGAAAAAUUCAGUAUACCAUCUGUUAUAGGAUGCAUUGAUGGCACUCAUAUAGCCAUAAUUAGACCAUCAGAAAAUGAAGAGAGAUUUUUUAAUCGCAAACAUUUUCAUUCAAGAAAUGUUAUGAUUAUAGCUGAUUCAGACUUAAGAAUACUGUCAGUAGACGCUUCAUUUGGAGGAGCAUCACAUGAUAGUUUCGUCUGGAAUCAGCAUCCUGUGAAACAACAUUUAAUUGAAUUAAAUAAUAAUGGGGAAACUGUAUUUUUACUAGGUGAUUCCGGGUAUGCCCAGAGGGAAUACAUGAUGACACCUAUUGUAGAUGCUCAUCAAGGGUCCCCUGAGGAAUAUUACACCAAGUUACACUGCACUGCACGGAAUACCGUAGAACGUACCAUUGGUGUCCUCAAAAACCGGUGGCGGUGCUUAAUCGGGCAUAGGGUUCUACAUUAUCAUCCUGAUGUAGCAGCCAAAAUAAUUAAUGCUUGUUGUGUUUUACACAACAUGUGUAUCAAUAGGAUUUAUUUUUGA